AUGGCUACCCCGCGCCCGGAGCAGGCGCAAAAGGUGCUUUCGCUGUACAAGCAACUCCUCCGGCAAUCCUCCCAGUUUGCCAACUACAACUUUCGCGAGUACGCCAAGCGACGGACGAGGGAUGCGUUCAGGGAGAACAAGAAUGUGGAGGAGGAAAGGAGGGUGCAGGAGCUGGUGCAGGAGGGUUUGAACCAGUUGCACUUGUUGAAGAGGCAAACAAUGAUCAGCCAGUUUUACAAGCACGACAGGCUUGUGGUGGAGGGCGGGCUCUCAGGGAAGGACAAGGGUGGGAAAGUGCUGAGGCAGAAGGAUACCGGCUGGGAUUAA